GAGGCAGAGGACGCUCGGCAAACCCAGUUCUGUGUACAGACUGAGAACGUGAACGCAAGUGGAAAAAGUCCAGUCAAUUGCUCAAGGCGUUGACAACAAAAGUGUUUUGCCGUGACACCCAGGAGUCAGACAGGAAUGUAAAAUAAGGUACUCCAAACGGACGUUCUAAAGGUUAAAUUACUUCCCUCCUUUGGACUGGAUGCCCUUUAUCUUUUCGCCGAGCAUCCGUCCUUCCUUGCCACAGGAGUCCAGCGAGCUUUUGUAUGGCGUAACAAGGGAGGGGUUUCGCCGUCUGGUUACAGUGGGCUCCGUGCCGCCUUUGAAUGGAAUCGAGCUGUGUCCAGUCAGCAAUGGCUAUGGGUCUAUCAUCGAAAAAAACAUCUUCUCGGAGCGUUGCCGUGGAACGCAAAAAUCUCAUCACAGUUUGCAGGUUCUCUGUGAAGACACUGUUGGAGAAGUACACAGCAGAGCCCAUCGAUGACUCCUCUGAGGAGUUCAUCAAUUUUGCCGCCAUUUUGGAACAUAUCCUCAGCCACCGCUUCAAAGGGAACUCUGCAGGUCCGGGCAGCUGGUUCAGCUACGAUGGACAGCGUAGUUUCUGGGACUUCAUCCGCCUGGCCUGCAGCAAGGUGCAGAACAACUGCAUCGGCAGCAUUGAGAACAUGGAGAACAUCAACACCUCACGGGCCAAGGGUAAAGUCCUGCUUAUGGACAGCUCACUAAGUAGGACCAGCUGGGCAGCUGUGGUGCACUCGGAGCCGUGUGUACUGCCGGCAGAGGAUCGACUACUACCGGGUCGUGCUUGGAUCCGGGUGGCCCUGAUGGAGAAGCGCUUGUCAGAAUACAUUGCCACAGCCCUCCGAGACACACGGACAACUAGGAGGUUGUAUGAUGAUGGAGCCAUUAUGCUACGGGAAGAGGCCACUGUGCUGACAGGCAUGCUCAUUGGUCUUGGUGCCAUAGACUUCAGUUUCUGCCUGAAGGGUGAGGUGUUGGAUGGAAAGUCUGUGGCGGUGAUUGACUACACGCCCUACCUGAAAUUCACCCAGAGCUAUGACUACCUGAGUGAUGAUGAGGAUCGGUGCAGUGUGGACAGCAGCACCAGUGACGACAGCGUUCCUGAGCACCCCUACAUCCCACUGGUCACCGACGAGGAGAGCUGGAGCAACAAGUGCCGCAAGAUGGAGCAGAGGUUCAAGAUCGUCUACGCCCAGAAGGGUUACCUGGAGGAGCUGGUGCGCUUGCGGGAGUCCCAGCUGAAGAACCUGGAGACGGAGAACAAGCGGCUCACCCUGCGGCUGGAGGAGCUGAGGCAGCAGAGCGAGCAGGAGAAGAAGGAGCUAGAGGGCGUCGUGCUGGAGCUGCAGGAGCAGCUGACCAACCUAAUUCCCUGCGAUUCUAACCACCUGGCCAAGGAUAUGUCAAUCCCCCUGAUCAACAACUGGCCAUCGCUACAUACCUUCAACAACCAGGAGGAUGUCAAGCUCUUCCGCAGGAGGAGCUUUCCUAGUGUGGAACAGCUAUCCACUGAGAUCAGUCUGGAUUCUGAAUCCAACAAGGACGGGAAGCAGAAUGGUGAAGACUGGUGCACAACCGGAAAAGACUACACCCCUUCCAUGCUAGGCCUGUGUGGGUCUCUGGCCUCUCUACCCAGCUGCAAGUCCCUGGCCAGCCUCAAAUCGAGUGAGUGUCUGGUAAACAUCAGCACAGAGGCCAGCCCUGCCCUUUCCCCUAGCUAGGGGGCGCCGUCUGCCGUCUUUGUUCAAGAGCCAGAGUGUCGGCUCUGUGGUACACCACGUCUACUCCUGACCACAGUGGGGGCCUCUGUGCCUUCCUUGGCCUUGCUCCUGCUAACCAACCCCCACAACCAUCUCUACUCCAUCCCCACCUCCUCCCCCAGACACCCCCCGCCCCCAAGACUAUUCUGCGGCCCUACAAGUAAGGUGGAAGGCAACCCCAGACAGCUGUGAAGUGAAUGAAGGAUUCAGCUCGUCUUUCCUUGAGGAUUACGUUUGUGUCAUUGUCCGAUGUGUCGACAGCAGCUGGGACAUCUACAGCUUUGGUCCUCCUUCAGACCCACCCCACUACUACCCUGAAAAUCCACCAGAUCUCUAGAAUAUGAAUUUUUCCAUCUGUAGAAUGCCAUUGCCGCCAUCAUACUAUUUCAUUCCAGAACUACAGAACUCACAAAAAAUUUAUUUAAUCCCUUCUGUCCACUUAUUUCGGUGUCCAAUUCCUGCUAUAUCUAUCUUUCUGUGUCUGUCUCGGUCUUCUCAAUCUGUCUAUAAUAUCUCUAUCUGUCCAUGGUAGAUUAAAAAAAAUUAAUAAAAAAAGACUGAACUGAUAACUAUCAUCUCGUCAUAAAAACUGAAUGAGCAGGCUACACUCUACUUGGCCUACACUCUCCGCCUCCACUCUCCGUUAGUGUCUUCGGUGUAUUUGAGUAGUAGCUGACAAAAUGGCUGCCAUUUUGUGACCUGUGUGAUCUGUGAAUGCAUAUGAUUGUUGAGAUGUGUGUUGAUUUUCAAGCAUGGAACCUCUCCGACCAUUAUCAAAAGUAAAAAAUCCCAUAAGAAGGUGGGGUUGGCAUCCCCUCCUCUGGCCAAAAAGAUGCCCUCCGUAUGGAUGAACACGUGGAUGUAUGCAGCUACCUAUGGACAUUUUUUUCUGCUUUGUUUACACCAUUAUUGUUAAUGGUUUCAUUUCUAAAAUUGUUCACUGGUUUGCAUUUUGGUUUGUUUGUUUUAAAUGAUAUAUAUUUUAAUGGCUAUGCUGGCUGUCAUCUUACAUUGCAAUAAAACUGCCUUUUUGUCAUGUCCUUA